AUGACCUCUUCUCUGAGCAAACACCGUGUUAACGUCGUCGGUGGUCCGAUUUUGGUUUCUUGCUUUGAUUGUUCCGAUUCGACCGAUCAUCUCCACCUCUAUAAUUUCGCAAGAGUUGAUCCAUGUUGCUCAAUCGGGAAGUGCAUAUUAUGUUCCACCAAAAGUGCUUCAUAUUUUGAGAAUUUCUUAUCCAUCAUGUCAGAAGUAAAAGAUGAUGAGUAUGAGAGAGAUGAUUGUUGAUGAAGAUGAGUAGGAUGCAUAGGAAGAGGAAAGGCUGGAUAGUUAUGAUGAUAGGCAAAAGCGUAUUAGAUGCAACUGAUGAUGAACCUUUGGGUCCACAUGGUACUGCAUUGGCAGAGAUUGCACAGGCGACUAAAAGUUUAUGACUAUGAAUGUUCUAUGGUUUGGAUUAACCAAAACUGACCGCAAUUGGUGUCCCUACAUUUGUUAUGGCACAGGUGGAUUCUUCGGUCGGGGGUAAAACGGGAAUAAACCACAAAUUGGGAAAAAAAAACUUGAUUGGAGCAUUUUAUUAGCCACAUUGUGUGCUCCAGGUCUUGCUGAGGUCAUCAAGCAUGGGCUUAUUAGAGAUGCUCCAUUUUUUGAGUGGCAAGAGAAGAACACGCAAGCUUUGAUGUCCAGAUGAUCUUCGUCCCCUUCAUGUUUUAUCUUUGUCCCCAUGCAGAAAUUGAUCUUCACCGGCUGAACUUGAAAUCGGCCAUAAAAAAAAUCUCAUUUGUAUUCCGAUGGAGGAGUAAUUAAAAGCUGUCAUUAAAUUAGUGGAAAGGGUAGUCAUCACCAAGUUUAAGCAAAGCAUUUACAAGAUACAUGUAAAUUUGGACUAAAUGGAUGAAGAGAUAGCUGUUGGUCAACAUGCUGGAAAAAGAGUGUUUUUACCAAGAAUUCCUCUAUGCUCGUCUGACGAUGAGAUGUUCCCAUUCAAACUAAAGAGAAAGCAAUUUCCAAUUCAGCUUAGUUUCUCUAUGACGAUCAAUAAAGCUCAAGGAAAAACAAUUCCAAAUGUAGGUGUUUAUCUGCCAGAAUCUGUAUUCUCACAUGGCCAACUUUAUGUGGCGUUGUCCAGAGGAAUAUCACGUGUCAAUACCAAGGUAUUAGUAAAGCCAAAAAAACGUUUGAUAAUGAUGGAAUCUACACAUCAAACGUUGUGUACAAAUAAGUUUUAUGUGAUUAACAAGGUACAAUCAACAACUUAUUAUUUUACAAUUUCUUCAAAUAUGUAUCUUA